AUGACUGGGGAGAUACUUAAUCAAGUACUGAAGUCCCUCAACUCAAAGCUCAAGGCUCAAAGUAGAUCGAUUCUUUUGCUGAUGGACAAUGCUGGGUGCCAUCCCAAUGACAUAUCCGAGAAAUUCAGCCAAAUUAAAGUGGUUUUCUUGCCGCCUAACACUACUUCUAAACUCCAACCGCUGGACUUAGGAAUCAUCAUGGCCUUUAAGAUCUAUUACCGCAAAUUGCUAAUGCAGUAUAUUCUUGCCAAGAUUGAUUCAGAGUCCUCCAAUACUGCCCAUGACAUUGCUAAAGGGAUCACUAUACUUCAAGCUAUAAGAUGGAUUUCUCAGGCAUGGGGACAAGUUCAAGAAGAGACAAUAAAGAAGUGUUUUAGAAAGGCAGGAAUCCUAGUUGCGAAUCUAUCUGAUAUUGUUGCAAGAAGUACUUUAGAUCCGUUUAGUGACCUUGAUGAUGACAAUGAUGAAUCUGCAGGACGACUUCAGGAAUUGCCUACUGCAUUAGUUCGCCAUGAUCCCUCCCAUGACACAGAAAUGGAUGAUCUCAUUACUCGCUUGCAUUUGGAUGGCUCUUGCUCCAGCAAAGAUCUCUUAUUAGCAGAUGACAACAUUGCUAUUUGUGAAGAAUUUAAUAACGAUAACUGGGAAGAAGAAUUCCUGUCUGGGAUUGAUAUAGGACAGUCUGCUUCAAAGGCAAGACGCGUUGAUGAUGACCAGGACGUCCAGGAGGAUGAAGACCCAGUAGAUGAAGAGCCAGAUCAAGUUACUCCUCCAGUGAUAAAGGAAAUGACUGAAGCUAUAAACAAGUUAGAAGACAUAGUGCAUUUUUUGGAAUUUAAUGGCUACACUGAGGAAGCAACAGAAGGAAUGUCUUUUCUGAGUAAACUCAAUAUUACUUAUGUCUCAGGCGUAUCAAAAGGCAGGCAAACUGAGGUUACUGAUUACUUCAUGAUAGACUAG